AAACAAAAACAAGUCGACAACCUUUAAAAUUUUUUAACUUAAUGGAUACGUACUGCCGUGUGUGUAGUGCUAGUGAAUCUUGUAUACUUCAGUCGUUGUUCCAAAUAUGUGAAAGCGAAGAUGAAGUUAUUGCAAAUAUGAUCAUCGAUUGUACAGAAGUUAUGGUAUCCGAUGAUGAUGGGUUGCCCCAGAACAUCUGCAACGAAUGUUUGAUCAAACUUAAAAAUGCAUACCAGCUGCGCAAGCAAUGUCUAAAAUCGGACGCAUUAUUUAGACAAAUAUUGAAAUCCCAAAAAAUUUAUUCCGAUGAAACUGCCGCUUGUUCAAAGGAUGAUUCAAAACAUCACCAAACAGCCAAAUUAGAGACUCAUAGUUUGGCACGAAUAGAUGAUAAAUUAAACCAACUUUUUCUAUGCGAUAGUUGUGGUGUAUUGUCAGACAAUAAUGAAGACAUGCUGAAGCACAUACGCAUCGCUCAUGUUACUUGUGAAACUGCCGAAAAUCUGCUUAUGGAGUAUUCAGGAGAAUCGGACGUGCAGCAAAUCGAGUACCUGGAUGAAGUGGCAGAUGAAUUUAAAAGUAGUGUUACUGGCGACAAUGCACUUUCAUCUCAAAACAUUUAUAUUCCCGAUUUGUUUGUCAAGAAUGUCGAAGAUAUGGGCUGUUAUAAAGUUUAUAAUGUAAUAGGCAAACGUUGUUGUGUAUGCUAUCAACUAUUUGAUAACGCUAGUAACCUUAAACUUCAUUGCGGCCAGCAUCAUUCGAAAAGCAAUACCGGAAGACAAAUUUCAAAAUACAGUUGUAGCAUUUGCUUCACCACAUUUGAAAAUGAUAUUGCUCUUGACAUUCAUUUGCAAAAUAUGAAAUUAGACAACGCACAACUUUACCAUUGUAAAACUUGUGACAUGAUACUAGCAGAGGAAGACCAAUUUAUAGCUCAUGUUAUCUCAAACAAUGACCACGAUACAGCCAUGGCUGCUAUUCAACUACCAGAAAGGUUCUGCGAAGAAACCAUGGAAGAGGAUCAAACAUGCUCUUGUUCUAGGACCAGUAAAACCGAAACGAUCGCGCACAGAGAAAUUGAAAAGCUAUCAACAAACAUAACAAUUAAGUGCAACGAAUGUUGUAAGACCCUAACUUCACGGAAUAUGCAGCACAUUUUAGAUGGAAGUCUUCAAAAAAUAUAUAGAUGCUGUUCAUUAAACUGUAAUUACAGUACCAUCAGUAAAAGAGAAAUACUGGAACAUAUUUCUACAAACGGCAAACACGAUACGCCUGAAAAACGUACUAAAAAGUUAACGCAAUCAAUUUCUUGUUGUGUCUCACGUUGCUAUCAAAAAUUCAGUACCUAUAAAGCUCUAAAACACCAUUCUGAAACGAUACACAAGCUCUCACGCAUUAAGCAUACCCAAGAGCGAACACACAGUAAUUUAAUCUGCGAAAUAUGUCUCAGAGGGUUUCCGCACGAGCAAGCAUACAUGCGACAUCGCGUAGCAGAUCGGCAGCAGAAACACAUAUGUCUGUCUUGUGGAGCGCGGUAUGUUUCAAAGUCGAAUCUAAUUCAGCAUGAGCAAAGCCAAUGCGGUAAGUUGGCUACGUUUGCUUGUUCACAGUGUGAUAAAUGCUUUUUCACUGCUGGAGGCCUGAAGAAUCACGAAAAACUGCAUAACAACAAGCGAUCUUACGUUUGCAAUCAAUGCGGUAGAUCAUUUCUACGCAAAGGUGUGCUUAAGGAGCAUGUCAAUACGGUUCAUUCCGAUGUACGUUUAUUCAAGUGUACACUAUGCCCAAAGUCGUUUUCCAGCAAGAAUGUUUUCCUGUCGCACCGUUUAACACACACUAAGGAAAAACCAUUCCAGUGCCGCUAUUGCGAGAAGCGAUAUCGCAAAACCAGUGAUCGCACGUUGCAUGAGAAUCAAAUCCAUUUAGGUAUUAGGCCAUUCCAGUGUCACUUUUGUUCAGCUGCAUUCAUUCGGGAUCGUGAAAGAAGACUUCACGAACGUACGCACACCAAGGCGAAACUUUACACUUGCGAAGAUUGUGGCGAAGGUUAUGAUAAGUUUGCUGAGUUCAAGCAGCACCGUCAGCAACACCAUGGUAAAGAAACUCUACGUGAAGUUGGCCGCACAGAAAGGGCAUUAAUUUACAAUUGAAAUAAAAAUAAAAUGCAAUCGAUUUCAAGUUUAUUUU